AUGGCUUCAACGCUUCACCUUCCAAGACCGAGAUCUGCGGCAAGUUCAAGAUCUGCGGCAAGUUCCGUAAAAAGUGUAAGAAGUAGCAGAAGUGUAAGAAGUACAAGUCCAUCUUCAGUUGGAGGUAAUCGAGAUGAAAAAGACGCUUUAAGACCAUAUGUAGACGCCAUAGCCAAUAUGUUUAUAAGAAUAAGAGAAAAAGGAUAUAAUUUUUCAGCAGUAUCCGAUUGUAUCGAAGAAGAAAUAAGAAUGAAAAACCAUGAACCAGAACAAAUAUUUUUAUGGUUAUCAAGUAAUCAAAAUACAGCACAAUACGUAACUUUACUUGGAUUUUUUUAUUUUCAAGAAAUAGGAGUUCCUAUAGAUCAAAGAAAAGGAUUUUCAUUAUUUCUUUCAGCAGCGAAAAUGGAUUUUUUCGUAGCGCAAGAUUUAGUUGCAGAUUGUUAUGCAUUUGGACUUGGAACCACCAAAAAUGAAGAUUUAAGUUUUAUGUGUUUGGACUUGGAUAUUGUUAUGAAGCAGGAAUUGGAACAUCCAAGAGCAUUAUCAAAGCAUUUCAAUUAUACAAAAGAUCAUCAAAAAAAAGAAAAUAGGUCAGCAAUGUUUAUGUUGGCACAAUGUUAUGAACAAGGAACAGGAACAACUAAGGAUUUAGAACAAGCAAUUUAUUGGUAUAGAAAGGCUAAAGAAUCCGGAAACAGUGAUGCAGAAGCACCAUUACAAGAAUUAUUAGCAAAAACUACAAAUUCUGGAAGUCAAAGUCCAUUGCCACAGAUUAGUCGAGAUGAAAGUGACGCAAUUCGAAGAGUAGUUGAUGAGUUAAUAGAAAAUUUUGUUGAUAUGAAAGAACGAGGACAUCAAGAUGAAUUUAUAUCUCGAUUUAUUAACGAUUUUAUAAUUGAUAAUAAACGUCAACCUUUUCAAAUUUAUGAUUGGUUAUUAAAUAAUCAAAAUACUCCGCAAUACAUAACAUUACUUGGUUAUUUUUAUUUUGAUGCGAUCGGAACUGAAGAAGAUUUAAAAAAAUGUUUUAGUUUAUUUCUUAGUGCUGCAAAAAUGGACUAUUCAAUAGCUCAAGAUUUACUUGCUGAUUGUUAUAAUUAUGGUUUUGGAGCUCCAAGAAAUGAAGAUUUAAGUUUUAUGUGGUAUAAAAAAGCUGUCGAAGGUGGAAGUGUGAAUGCUGAAAAUGGUCUUGCUGGAU